AGCAAUCAUUUGAGAAUCUCAUUUGUGACACAAAACAAUCAGAGAAAGCUCACCGCCAGGCACCAGGCUCUGCUGAAAGGGAAAGGUCACCUCUUUUUUUGGAACUGACUGAUUCAAGGGGGGUAAGAAUGAUAAAAAAGUUGUUGAUUGGGAUUCUGUGCGGUGCUGUCAUACUGACCGUGGGGAUCCUCAUUGGUAACUAUGGAAUCACAAAGAGCAGCAGCCCGGAGCCGUCCUGGUUCCAGGAUGUGGCAAAGGAUGUGGACGAGAGCUUCAUCGAGAAGUUCCUGGCUGAGGUGGACAACAUGCAGAUUCAGGAGAACCUUAAAGAGUUAACCAAAGUGCCCCACAUGGCCACCUCAGCUGGAGACGAGCAGACGGUGCAGUUUAUGCUAGAAAGAUGGCAGGACCCAGAAUCUGGUUUGGACAAGGCCUGGAGAGAGGACUACAUGGUCUACCUGUCCUUCCCAGACCCCAAAAAACCCAAUAAGGUCACUGUAGUGGACCCGUCUGACACCGUGCUGCACACCGUGAGAGAAAAAGAGAAGAGCUAUUACCCGGACCAAAACCAUCCUGAUGUGGUUCAGCCCUACGCUGCAUACUCCCCUGCUGGACAGGCACAGGGGAAACUAGUGUUUGCCAACCAGGGGAAAGUAAGUGACUACCAGGAGCUGAAUAAAACCCUUGACCUCAGAGGAACCAUCGCUAUCACCAGAUAUGGUGGAGCAGGAAGAGCUGCUAAAGCCAUCAAUGCAGCACCAUUUGGUGUCAUUGGUGUGCUCGUCUAUACAGACCCUCUUGAGAUGAAUGAUGGUCUCAUGUCUGACGCCAAUGAGACGUAUCCACACUCCUGGUACCUGCCACCCUCCGGUGUGGAGAGAGGUUCCUUUAACACUCACUAUGGAGACAUGCGCACACCCUAUCUUGCUGCUAAAGAGGAAACAUACAGAAUUCCACCUGAGGAUAUUACGGGGCUCCCUCCCAUUCCAAUUCAACCAAUCGGAUUUGAAGAUGCCUACAUUCUGAUCUGUGAGCUUGGUGGAGAAGCUGCCCCAUCCUUGUGGAAAGGAGGAUUCAACUGUACCUACAACCUUGGAGGCCCGGGGUUCAGAAAUACAUCUCCUUUCAACAGCAGUGAUGUGAGGCUAGACAUCCACAACUAUGAAGAGGUGAAGAAGUCUGGCAAUGUUAUGGGCAUCAUCAGAGGGAGUGUUGAACCAGAUCGGUACGUAAUCUACGGGAACCACAGGGACAGCUGGGUUCAUGGUGCCAUUGACCCCAGUAGCGGGACAUCGGUCAUGCUGGAACUGACACGAGUGCUGGGCCGGAUGGUAAAGCAGGGAAAAUGGAGGCCUCGCCGGUCAAUGAUCUUUGGAAGCUGGGGAGCUGAAGAGUUUGGCCUCAUUGGGUCUGCAGAAUACACAGAGCAAUACUUCACUAAGCUCAGUGAACGCACCAUUGCUUACAUCAACGUGGAUAUAGCUGUCUUUGCCAAUGCCACUCUGAGGGCGUCAGGCAUGCCAUCGGUACAGAAUGUCAUCUUCCAGGCUGCAAAGCAGGUCAGUGCACCAGGAACCUCCAUGUCCGUGUAUGACAACUGGAUCAAGUAUUCCAACCGGACGAGCCCAACACAGGAAGUCAUUCCCAGGAUAGGAUAUCUGACAGGAGCAGGAAGUGAUUAUGCUCCUUUUGUCCAUUACCUGGGAAUCACAUCCAUCGACAUGUCAUACACAUAUGACAAGACUAAGACAAGUGCUCGGAUUUACCCUGCUUACCACACAGCAUAUGACACCUUCGACUACGCCUCGAGGUUCAUUGAUCCGGGGUUCGUCAGUCACCAGGCUGUUGCCAGGACAGCAGGAAACAUCCUUAUCCGAUUGGCUGACAGCCUGUUGGUGCCGUUUAACUGCAGUGACUACUCUGAGGUUCUUAAUGUCUACCUCAAACAUGCUGUGAACCUGUACAAGACUAAACUGCAAGCUAAAGAAAUCUCCAUGGAACCACUGGAGCAGGCCGUGGCCAACUUUGAGAAAGCAGCAUCACAUCUGGAGCAGGUGAUUCGCAGUUCAGACCUGGCGAAAGAAACACCUCUGAAAGUCAGAAGGAUCAACGACCAGCUCAUGCUGCUGGACCGAGCUUUUUUAAACCCUCUUGCAUUCCCAGAUAAAUAUGCAUUCAGGCAUGUGAUCUGGGCUUCAAGCAGUGCCGGGCAGCCAACCUUCCCCGGUCUGGCUGAUGCUUUUGCCAAAGCUGAGUUAUCAGGACAACCCAGCGACUGGGCUAAAGUGCACUACCACCUGUCAGUUGUGAGCCAGGCCAUUGAUGGUGCUGCUUACACACUGGUUGACGUUAUAUAGAUGAAGAGGAGCGAAGAGAAACAGCUUUAACUCAGGGAUUGUUUUUUUUGAAACCCAGAGACUUGCAGCCCAUGAGGCAUCUCAGAUGAGAUAUGAUGGGACUAUAUAUGGAUGAUUUUAAGUGAGAGUGAUUAUUGAGCCAAGCUCUUUGCCAAACAUUAACAUGAAUGAUGUCUUCUAUCUUUGUCACAAGCUUAAAAUAUUUAAAUGUGAUCAUUCUUUCUUAUUGAGACGCUCCUUUAAAGAUGAACCAAAAUCAUAUCUGCCCCAUCACACAUUUUACUGCAGAUCCACGAGUGGGAGUCUUUUUUACAUUCAAUGCAGUAUAAUAAGUAUGAUGAGUAAAUUGUUUACAACUCAAAUGUACGUGUUAUUGAGUCAGUGUUCAUAUUUAAAUCCAUCUCCAGUAAAACCCAUGCAGGAAUUAUUGUGUCAUGAAAUGUAUUUAUGAAGGAAAAGAUUAUUUAGAAAAGCAAUGACCCGCUUUAAACCAAAAACUAAAUAAUGAACUGGAGCUGAAUGUGUAAAGUUGUGCCUAAACAAUCUUUUUAAUGUUGCUGAUGCAUGUCAUUUUAUUUCAUAGAAAAAGCUGGAUAAUGUCUGAAUAUUUCCAGAACAUUUUUCCGUUUUCAUUGCAGGGAUUAAAGUAUUCAUCAAACCAUA